AGCGGCGCAGCUGCCGAGCCAGCCAGCCAGCGGAGGGAAGCGGCGGCGGCGGCGGCGGCGGGCAUCGGGCAUCGGGCGCCGCCUGGAUGCUCUGCGGAGGAGCCGGAGGAGGCCCGGCUGACCCCAGGCGCCCCCGGCCAGGCUGAGCCCUCGCCCGCCGCCCCCCUCCCAUGAGCCCGGGCGCCUGCCGGGGGGCGGCUCGCGCCCCCCACUCGGGCCGGCUCCGGCGCCCCCGCUGACCCCUCGCCUGCCCGGGACACUUCCGCGGCGGCGGCGGCGGCGGCGGCGCCUUUGGGGGGAGGCGGGGGUCGCCCCCACUUUCGCUCUCUCGCUCUCGCUUUCGCUUCGCCGGCCGGCUGCAGCGGCGACCCCCCCCCGCCCGUCUCGGCGACCGCAGGCGUGACAAUGUGGAUGCGGUGGGCUCCGGCGACCAGGUCAGCUUCUCCUGUGCGAAGCCACCCUUGGAUUUUAAUAGCCAUGUUUCGACUUGCCAUGGAGAUCUCUUCUUGUGCAUCUUUGGGCCGAGACCAUCGGCAUCAGUUUUUGCAGAGACCUGCCCGCUGGUAUGGAUUCCCUCACCACCUUUUGUGGAGCUUUAGAUAUGGACCACAAACCAGGAGACUUGGGUUUCCAGCCAGCCUUGACUACUUGGAACUGUCCAACGGACAACGGCCCAACUUGUCCCAUAUCAAACGGUUGCGCAACAUGGUGGACCUCUUGUGGGAAAGCCAGCAGACGCCGUCUUUCGCCCACGUGAAAGCCAGCCCUACGUUGACGGACAGGAGAGCCGUGUCCCAGACUUACUUGAAACGGAGGAAAAGGUAUCUCCGAGCAAAUAGCAAGCCAACGUUGGAAACUGAGGUCAUCGUAUGGGGAUCCACCAGCCCGUUGGAAGCUCUGGAGACCAGCACCAUCCCUGGGAUUUACAGUGGUCCUGCCACCUCGGUUUUGGAAAGGGUGACCAACAGUAUGACAACCACCACCACUAUCACUACCACCACAGCGGCUUCUACAACCGUACAGUUCAAAGGACUUGGCACAGGGUUCGGGGCACCUAAGAACCAGCCCAUCAGCACGCUGCUGCCCCCUUCCACAUCUAGGGGUAGCAGAAAAAAAGCUCCACCACCAUCGCCACCUAAAAUACCAGGAGACACUUCAGGUCUGGCGCUCCAUCAGAUCAUCACCAUCACCGUCUCGCUCAUCAUGGUGAUUGCCGCGCUGAUCACGACCCUCGUCUUAAAAAAUUGGUGGUCCUCGGCUUACAACCAGCAAAUUUUGGUCCUCUCUUCAUCGCCUUUCUCUUUGAAAUCCUUCUUAAACAUCCAGCAUGGAAAAGCCACCUGAAAUAGUAUUUACACCCCCUGGGAAGUGUCUCUGCAAACAAUUUUCUCCCUUUCCCCGUUAGGGAACUUCAGCGGAAAGAAAGGGAAGGCCCGAGCUGGUUUUAAAAUUUUAAAAUUUUCCUUCUGAGUUUUGAGUCCUUGGUCCUGUAUUUGACCCUGACGAUUUAAGAGAGCCGAUUUAAGAGAGCCGCACGGCACGAGAGCAGUCUACCUGUUCCUUUUCGAAUUGGAAAUGCAGGCCAUUUUUACUCAUCCUCGGAAGACCCAGCCAGGGGUUCGCCAGCUGUGUUGUGAACUGCCAGGAGUUUUGCAAGCUGGAUUGCCAAAGUUUUUCAUAUAGAGAACAUACGUUCUAGGUUCUAUGCAAAAUAUUUUUUUCUAUGCAAAAUAUCCUUUUGUGCAAAAUAUUCCUCUGUGCAAAAUAUUCUUCUAUGCAAAAUAUUUUUUCUACGCAAAGAAAUCUUCCAUGCAAAAUAUUCUUUCAUGCAAAAUGUUCUUGUAUGCAAAAUAUUCUUCUCUGCAAAACCUUUUUUCUAUGCACAAUCAUCUUCAGCUCUUCAACGCUUCUCCGUUUCUCCUUCAGUGGGCUGUGCAAAGAGGACUUUUUUCAGCUCCAAUCAGGACUGCAAACCCUUGGCUGUAAUCACACACAGAAACAUGCAAACACACAGGGCACCAACAAUUGGAAGGAAAGGGCAGGAUAAUUUGCGUCGCCCGGUCUGAUUUGGGAAGAACCCAACAAAGAUGACCAAAUUCAUUUCUCGGAGAAGAUGGUCUUAGAAGGGGGGUGAGGACCACAUCCAGAGUUCACGCCGGGUAGCCUCUAUCCACCGGCUUGGACCUCUUUGCCUGCUUCCCUCUCUGUUGCAAGCUCUCAUCUGGCUUAAUUAGUUUCCUUUUCUUCUCGUGGAUCGGCUCCUGCGUGGCGUAAACUAGGUUAUAUCUUAGCUCCAGGCUUUUCUGCCGUCACCUCGUUUCCUAGUGAAUUCAACCUACUUUGAGAUCAGCUCGCCUCAUUUUCAUAUUAAGGCAGAACCCCUGGGACAUGAUAGCCAGGACUGGAGAUGGGGGAGAGAAGGAGGAGGAGGAAGAAGAGAGAAGGUUGCUGCCUUUGGAAGCUGCUUUACAAGAUCUCGUUGGUCUCCUUGUUUGCUCCUCAAAUGCUCCAGAUCUGGAGCAGGCGAGGAUGGAGAUCCCUAGGGCUGGUUGAGAAGGUCUCAUAAAACGUAAAAGCCUGCUGAGAUCCAGGUACCACAAACCAAGCAGGACCUUCUCAGAAGGUUAGACCCACCACCGUUGGACCUUUCAGGAAGAGUUGUAAAGACAUGGGUUUCCCGUAACUGUCUUCUGAGGUUGAGGAACCUCAAAUACUCAGUGCCUACUUGAGGUUCCUUUUCUGCUUGAGGAACCAUCAACAGGACUUGGAAGUUGGAGCUGAGGUGGAAAAAGUCAAUGGUAGACCUUUACCAAUUCAAAGUCGGUUGGUUGAGAAGGCUCCAGGCUCCUCCCUCCAGGGGGAGGAGGAGAAGGGAGAUUGCUGGAUCAGCUGUACGUCUGAAUUAUCUCCUGGGUUUUUUGUCUUUCAGCUGUUUAUAGAUGGAAAUUGUAACUGCUAAUUUAAAAAAAUAAAAUCCAUUUUUUUUCUCUGAACUGUUCAAGCACAGAUACUGUUCUAUUAUAUUGAAUUUCUCGUCUCUCGUCAUCCUAUUUCCAACCAGUUAAAAAAACACAAAAAAACCUCCACAUCACUCAUUUAUCUAUUUUCUCCCCCAAAAGUACAUAUUUUUCUCUGUGAGUUCAUGAUUCCCCUUCAAGACGAGCUUCAGAUCUCUCCGGCAGCUCCUAAUAGUUGCGACUUUCUGUCAUCUCCACCUUUGAGUUACACAAAUCAACCUCAAAAUGAUUUGGCUGCAAAUUAAAGUCAAGCUAACCGAGGAGAAAGGAAACAAGAAGUUUAAUCUCAUUUCGUUUUAAGGCAAACUAGAAUAAAAUAGAAUAGAAUAGAAUUAGAAUAGAG